GUGUCGUUAGCAGAGCGAAAAAACAGCUCACGCGAUACUAGAGUGAGCCCGCUCCUUCUCGGCGGUGCAGGUAGCGGUGCUCAUACUGUGCGCCACCAUGAAGCUCGUCAGGUUUCUGAUGAAGUUGAACAACGAAACUGUGUCAAUUGAGCUUAAGAACGGUACCAUUGUUCAUGGUACCAUCACAGGUGUUGAUAUCAGCAUGAAUACACAUUUGAAAACAGUUAAACUAACUUUGAAGGGGAAAAACCCAGUGACUUUGGAUCAUCUCAGUGUGAGAGGUAACAACAUUCGUUAUUAUAUCCUUCCUGACAGCUUGAAUCUUGAGACUUUGCUGGUAGAAGAGACGCCAAGGAUCAAGCCCAAGAAACCAACUGCUGGAAAACCUUUGGGACGGGGGCGUGGCCGGGGGCGUGGACGUGGUAGGGGCCGUGGCCGAUAACUUGCACAUCAACAAUUUUUAUGCCAUGUGGUUGUAUUGUAAGGGGAAUUUCUUAUCGGUUUUGUGGACAUCAAAGGAGUGUUUUUGUUGAUUUAUCGAUGUUGCUGUGUUAUAUUAGAAGUUCUUCUGUACAUUUCCUUCACAGUGUUCUAUAAUUGAGUAGGGCAAGGUUUGCGAUAACACUGUGUGGACUCCCGAAAGAUGCCUAAUGCCUCUCAACUGAUAAACUACAGAUAGUUGUAGCUUUCGGUACUGGGUGACUAUGUUAAUCGGAAUUAAUGAUGCAAUAGUGUUGUAUGGUAGGUGGUGAUUCUGUAUGUUAAGAACAUGUUAGUUGGACUAAUUUUGAGCUUCAACUCCCCGAUUUCUUUAAGAUUUGGU